AACUGAUCUGAUCUGCGGUAAAGUGUUCUUCUUACGUCUCAAAACCAAUUUAUUUGCAGAGGGAGGAUGAUAUUUCUUUGGUGAAAUAGAAGAAAAUAUUAUGAUGGCUCGUGGCUUCUGCUAAGGUCAAUGAGUCCAAUACUGACGGAGGAGAGUUUUCCACAUUUUGAGCCUUCAAAAGCUUCACUUCCAUUUGUAGUAGAGCGCAACUUGCGAGCUUCUUUCUUCACUCCACUAUUUCGUACUCGUGAAUUACUUACUCAUUUCUUACUCAUGUUAAAAAAAUUUGCUGUCCUCUGUGAUCGCUACUCUCCAAUUAAUGGGUCUGUCAGAAGUCAGGCUCUCCUGUGUCAAGGGAAUUCAUGUUGAAGACCUCCAAAGACAUUUUCUGUAGGGUGUUUUUGUAGCGUUUUGACCUCCGCAAAGGUUUGUUUAAAGAGAGAAAGAGAAGCGUAAACUUCAGACAUACUCUCUCAGCUUGGUACGAUCAGAGUGGUACAAUGUAUCUGAUGGCAAGAUUACAUGAUACAUCACUCAAUAAAAAAAGGCAUAGUGUCGGUUUUUUUAGGACAUCUUUGAAUUGGUAUAUCAAGGAGAGGAAAGAACCAAUUUGUACUCUGCUUACUUGUACCUAAGAUCACAUUCUUUAUUAUAAAGGAUAGAAUAGUCUAUCAUUUAUAACGAAUCUUUACUUUUACUGCGCAAUCUUUGGUGUAAACCGACUCCACAACUUUCUGUAGAGGAGGGGGAAAAUCGGAAAUAUCCAGUUUCUUCACUCUAGACAAUAUCCCCUCUCACGCUUGUGAUAGAGUGGUAAUAUUGUACUUCCUGCAAGGAAGUUGGUCUUUUGUUUAUGCUCCGGGUAUUCUGUCUCCUCCCAAUAACAGUUGGCAGAACUGCGAUUACCUUAUUAUUAUUACAACACAGUUGUUGAAUAAAGGUACGAGGUGAGGGUGUGAGGAUUAAGAUCGCCAUGCCCUGCUGUAAACGUAGCAAACAACGCAAGCAACGCAGAACCAGUGUUCAGCCGCAUCGGGAGUCCAGCAUGCCUCAGAAUUCGGAGUACUUUGAGUUCAUGGAGUCCCAGCCCAGCACACGGCACCUCGACCGGUUCACCCUGAAGAGUUCCAAACGCUGAAGCUCAAUAUUUUCCGCGGGUCGACGUGCAAAAUCCAUCUGGUACAGCACAAAGAGUCCAAAUUGGUGGCGAUCAUGAAGAUUCUCAACGACCGACACUCCCACGAGGCGCUCAGGGAGAUGAACAUGGCCCGUUUGAAUCGAGAUUCGCCUUUCCUGCUACGCAUCCUAGAUGGAUUCCGCGCACUGACCAACUACUACAUCCUGCUGGAGUACGCGCCUUUCCGCACCUUGGACCAUCUGACGUCAGCGGUCAAGGGACUGGGCAGUGCAAACACCUGCUUUUACGCCCUAGAGAUGGCCUGUGCCCUGGAUUUUCUCCAUGACCACCAAAUUAUACACAGAGACGUGAAGCCGGAGAACACCUUCGUCCUGAGUUCGGGUCACGUGGCACUGGGAGACUUUGGCUCUGUCUACGACACGACCAACGACACCGAACUGCCUCAUAGGACAUGUGGAACCUACGUCACCAGGCCCCCGGAGGUAUGGUCUAACCAGGGAUACAGUUACAGCGUGGACAUUUGGGAACUGGGCAUCUCCAUGUGCAACUUGAUCACCAACAAGUGGCCGAUCGUGUCUGCAAACAUGGAGCGCCAUAUGGCCCUCGUCCAGAAAGGAAUCAUUAUCUUCACCUCAGACUACACGCCCGGGGCUUCCGACCUCAUCUCCAAGCCACACACCUUCUCCAAGUGUACAGCAUGAGGGAAGAGGAGCGGAAGGAUAUCGAGCGACUCUUGCACCUGGAGGAAAUCCCCCCCUCCUCGUAGUGCCACACACAGACACGGGGACACUACUCGCCUCAACUAACACAUAUU